UGCUCUCCCUCCGACGAAACCUAUUGGUGCCACAGCUUCAACGCCUGCUGCAACAGGAGUUGGAGAAGUCGAUGGGGAAAAAGACAUUUUUUCUCGACGAGGAUUGCAACUGCGCAAAAAUUCUGAUGAGCAAACUGGCGGUUCUGGUUCGUUCUAUGAGGAUCUGCAGCCGCAAGAAGACGGUGGAAGUGGCGGUGGAACUGCUUUGCCACCUCCUGGCGCUUUGCCACCGGCGACCAAGAAAGAAAUUGGUGCACCAGUGCAAGAAGAGAGUCAGACGAGUUCAUCUUUUGGAGGACCAGAACAAGAGUCGUUCUGUUCUGGUCGUGGUACCUGCGAUGCCACAGGCGAAUGCCUCUGUUCUCAAGGGUACACGGGUGAGGCUUGCGAGCACGAGAGACAUGACCUCCUGUUAA